GGUAGGUGGCUCUAAUGCGAGCUGCAGGAAUGAAAGCUUUACCGGGUUUGGAACUAAGACAUUGUAUGAAAUUAGCGAGCUCAUAAUGUCCGCCGAACGACUGGCCAAGAUUCCUGAAGCUGAUAUCGACCCGAACGGCGUGUUUAAAUACGUGCUCAUACGAGUUCACAGCAAAACCGACGACUCCUACGUGGACAUAGUGCGCGGCUACGCGUGGGCCGAGUAUCACGCUGAUAUCUAUGACAAGGUUUCUGGUGAGCUGGAGAGAGCAGGCGGUGUGGACUGUGAGUGUAUCGGAGGUGGAAGGAUCAGACACGACAGCGCUGAGAAAAAGAUCCAUGUCUAUGGCUAUUCCAUGGGUUUUGGACAAGCCAAUCACGCAGUCUCUACAGAAAAACUGAAGACAAGAUACGCAGAUUAUGAGAUCACAUGGGCAAAUGAAGGCUACUGAUUCAAAGGCCAAGGACUUACCAUAGUGGUCUGGCCAUGAACAAUCCUCAGAUUGGAGAUGUUUAUAAAACAAAAGCUUGUCCUGCUCUCUGCUUGAGCAAGAUGGGAAAUCGGACACAUCAGCGUGGGACGACACAGAAGCUGAAAUCAGGGGAUUUCUCAUUAACAGCAGAUGAUAAAUGUUUACACAUUCUGUACUUUAUUAACGCUCUAUUUAUAUGUUAACCACUUAAGAACUGCCCAGUUUGUGAUUUAGAGAUUACUGAAUUUGUGAAAUUACACAACGUUAAAGGACUUAAAUAAAAUGAACUGCAAAUGAAAUGUUUCACAUCAGAAUCAGGUUUUUUGGUCAAGUGUGUUGACACACACACACACACACACAAAAGUACAGACAUAAAUAACACAAUACUGUACAAAUAGCUUGGACUAUACAAGACAAUACAGAUGACGUGAAACAAUAUAGACAGUACGAGUAUUACAUAGGAAUACAGAGUAUAUGACUAAUCAGUUAUGUACAUAAAGUGUGAAAAACAUUAAUUAUUAGUAAUCCACAAUAAUGCCAUACAGCGACAAGCUUCAUAAGGAUAAAGUGUAUGCUUUAGGAUUAUAUAGAAUUUUACUUUUGUACUCACUAUUCACUUGAAAAAAACAAAGCUGAGACAGAUGUGAUUUACUUUGUGUUUCUGUGCUUUCUGUAAAUACCUGAAAGAGAAAAUAGACAAAAUGUCUUGGAAAUUUAAGUCUAUCUCUGCUGAUAAAUUGUCUGACUAUCUAUCUAAUAAAUAAUUAUGAUGCC